AUAAGACGAUAUGAAUGCAGUGUCCUCCUGUUAUUCGCGUAAGCAUUUUUUCCUGUGAAUCAUGACCGUUCAGAUUUCUUAUAAAUACCAUGUGGGUCGGAUUUGGGUGGUUUAGCCAUUUUGACAUCCCCCGAAUAUGGCAUUCAUUAAGGCUGUCGAAAUUAUUAUCCUCGUAAUAUGGGGUUCGCAUCCCAAAGUGCUUGCGUUUGUCGCCCCUCCUGCAAAUGUUGGAGACCUGACGGCCCACUUGGACACCAUUGCUGAGCAUGUGAACAAAGCUGGAGCAACAUGGACGGCUGGCAGAAAUUUUCCUACCGACUUAUCCAAUGAACACUUCAAGAAUCUCGUAUCAGACUUCAACCCUUUAGGUGACUUACCUGCCAACGCCGAAACGUGUGAUUGUGAAGGUUCUGCUAAGGAACUGGAGGAAGAGGAUGCUUUUGAUGCAAGAGAACAAUGGAAGGACUGUCCUUCGAUUAAGCACAUUACAAACCAGGGAGCCUGCCAAAGUUCAUGGGCUGUGGCAGCGGCAAAUGUCAUAUCUGAUAGACAGUGUGUUGCAUCCAAUGGCACGAUAAAAGAUCUAAUGUCGGCGCACCAUUUGCUGUCGUGCUGUUCCGACUGUGGACUUGGUUGCAAUGGUGGUUGGCCGAGAAAAGCAUUCACAUUCUACCAAAAACACGGUGUUGUGACCGGCGGAGACUACAACAGCAAACAGGGUUGUCAACCGUACGAACUUGAACCGACCUCCGAUUUCGCACUCUCUAAUGAUGAAGACAGAGAUACGCCCUCAUGCUCGAAAGAAUGCACCAAUAAACAGUAUGGCAAAUCGCUGAAGCGUGAUUUACAUUUCGGAAAAGGCGUAAUCACACCUUGCUGCUGCUGGAUCAAGACCACGAUUAGAGAGGAAGGACCAGUGGUCACAAGCAUGGUUGUAUACGAGGACUUCCUGACUUACAAGUCUGGAAUAUACCGACACAUCUGGGGGAAGAAGAUCGGGUACCAGACGGUGCGGAUGAUCGGUUGGGGCCGAGAAAACGACGUCGAUUACUGGAUCGCCGCCAACUCCUGGGGAACCGGUUGGGGCGAAAAAGGGUUCUUCAGGAUCUACCGAGAGAAGAAGAUGAUGACUGCUCAAAACCGUCUCUCCGAGGCUGAGUUCGAGUACGGCUAUGCCGGCCCCGUAAUCAAACGCAAAAAACACUGAGAAUUCACCAAACGCGUUUUGUGAUUUAAUAUUGUACUGUAUUCAUUUAGUAAAGUCAUGUUUUAAAUAAAACAAUUUUUA